AUGUCGUCGCCACUUUUUGAUGUUUGGGAGGCUGCUUCUGCCUCGCCAUACCAGCCAACCGUCGGCAAAAACUCUCAAUUCCUCAUUGGCUCCGUCCUGCUGUUUGCUGCCUUCAUUCUAGCCGGCGUCUUUGGACUCAACCGAUCCUUCGUAAACCUCUCCCUGCUCGGCGUUCCAGCUUCCUUAGCUUUCGGAUUCGGUGCAGUCUAUAUGAUCUGUGCAGUCGGAGUCUACGUUUAA